CUCCCCAAAUGGGAGGCGGAGCAUCAGCCGGCAUGGAUCCUCAGAAAAUCCAAGAGCAGCAGAUGAUCAAGCUGAUGCAAUCCGGCAUGGAAUCCUGCCCCGUAAAAAUGGCCCUCGCCGGCGGAAUGGGCUUCGGCCUCGGCGGUCUCUUCGGCCUCUUCAUGGCCUCGAUGCGCUACGACACGCCCAUGUCCUCCGCCAUCCCCGGCAGCGCCGCCGCAGAAAUCGAAAAGAUCCCCAUGCGCCAACAGAUCAAAGCGGGAUUCAAAGACAUGGGAAAAUCUUCGUGGUCGUCGGCCAAGAAUUUCGGAUACAUCGGCGGAGUGUACUCGGGCAGUGAGUGCGUGAUUGAAGGGUUCCGUGGGAAAAAUGAUCUGGCGAAUGGAGUCGCGGCGGGGUGUUUUACGGGAGGGUUUUUGGCGAAGAGUGCGGGGCCGCAGGCGAUGGCGAUUGGGUGUGCGGGUUUUGCAGCGUUUUCGGCGGCGAUUGAUGCGUAUAUGAGGAUGGAGAGUAAUGAUG